AUGACGGUUCAGGAUAGUGGUGCUGCUUCUUGUGCUUGCAAAGGUAUUAGGCACUGCCUUCUGUGUGAGAAGUUCAAACAAAGUAAUUUGUCCGGGGAGAAGAUUGUGCAUCAUUUCGCCUACGACCCCAAGAGAAAAAUUGCCUUUUGCAAAGAUGGUGAGCCGGUGUCGUUCUCCUUCCCUGGAGUGUUCCUGUGGGAAGACUUUUUGUCUGAGGAGGAGGAGAAGGAACUCAUAAGCAGCAUGGACCAGGACGUCUGGAACCUGUCCCAGUCAGGUCGAAAGAAACAGGACUUCGGGCCAAAAGUGAACUUCAAGAAAAGGAAAGUGCGUCUUGCAGGUUUCAGCGGACUUCCUGCUUUGAGUAAAAAACUAGUGCUGCGAAUGCAACAAGUAGAAAGUCUGGCAAGCUUCCAGCCUGUGGAGCAAUGCAAUCUUGACUACAAUCCUCAACGAGGCUCCGCCAUUGACCCUCACUUGGAUGACUCCUGGCUGUGGGGGGAGCGCCUCGUAACCGUCAACAUGCUGUCUGCCACCACGCUCAACAUGUCACUUGAGCGGGGUCUCCCCCAGCUCGGACUCUCGGGGGAAGUGAACGUCGCUGUGCCGCUGCCGCGCAGGUCUUUAGUGGUAUUGUACGGGGAGGCGCGGCAUCGGUGGAAACAUGGCAUUCUCCGGAAGGACAUUCAGGAGCGUAGAGUUUGUACCACGUACAGGGAACUGUCAGCAGAGUUCCUCCCCGGUGGACAGAGAGCUGAGCUGGGAGCUCAGCUACUAAAUAUUGCCGGGAGCUUCAAUGGAACCCCUAUUUAG